UCUUCUACAUACAUGCACAUGGCUUCUACGCACGUGUUGAUGGAUUCGUUUGUUUCGUUUUGUGUGUAAUGCGGGAUGGUGAUCCCGAACGGAAGCGAAUCAUCGUUUUCGUGGUCUGUUCAAUACGACUAGUUUGCCGUAAGGAAGCGUGUAAAUCAUGCCGCCGAAAGGAAAAAGCACCAAGUCUGACUUUCUGCAGUGCGGUGCCUGUGGUGUGAUAGUGGCAUCUAAGGAUGCUUCCCUGCACGAGCGGGUCUGCUCGCGAUGCAAAUUUGAGGGCGAAAAGUUAGAUCACGACUUCAUACACGAUGGCGUUUUGCACGGGACUCUUCAAGAUUAUUCAGGUGAUGAUACGAUGACACUGCCCGAGUGGAUGAAGUGUCAGCUGUUAUAUCUCCAUCCGUCAUGCAUGAAGACGUGUAACACAGGGAUCAAGGAUGUCGUGGAAGUCUCCCUGGAGGGCCAAACAAAUCUGCUCAUUGCGUGGCCAUCAACCAAUGUCGGUCUCACGUGUGUAGCCAUGCCCAAGCGCUACAGAACAAGCAAGUCCAAAGCAGUGACUGUAAAAAGGCACUGCAGCGCAGUUGUAGCCGCCAGCAGUGUUACAGUGAUCUCCACACAGAACGCAAUCAAGGAAAAUGACGCAAGCCUCCAGAAAUGCCUUUUGCAGCAAAAUAUGGGAAUUUUUGUGAAGCCAGGGUCUCUGCUCCAAUGCUGCUUUUAUGGCCAAAUACUGAACUUUGAAGUGCUUGAAACACGAGGGGAAGAUGGUUCAUUAUUGGAGAACCCAUCUCAGUGCUUUAUGUCUCAUAAUGAUGAGAGCUUAGGUGAAAGUAUGAAAAGACUUGCAAUAUGUGAAGAAUUAAGUGGUGACAGUAGCUUUAAGGCAACCUUCAUGUCUCCUCGUUCAAGGACACCUGCAAGAACAGGUUCAUGGUCAAUUCACAGCCCCAUUGCCUUCAGUACACCAAAGUCAGUAUUGCACCGUCGUGAAAGUAAGAAAGUUACCUUUCAUCGAAUCAGAUCAAGCACAGACAUUGUCACAAAGUCAGCAGCUGAGCAGGCUGGUGAGAGGCCUACGUGUGCUAGCUAUGACCACAUUGGAGGCCUCGACAAAGAGAUUCAGCAACUUCGAGAACUAUUUGAAGUGCCUCUCAAGCAUCCUGGGACAUUUACUCGAUUCGGGUUGAAGCCACCAAGAGGGGCACUUCUCUUUGGUCCUCCAGGCACUGGAAAAACAAUGCUUGCACGAGCAGUUGCAGUAGAGUCAAAAGCAGCACUUGUUGUUAUAGAUGGUCCCCAAAUUUUCAGCAAGUACUAUGGAGAAACUGAGGCCACGCUAAAAAGUUUAUUCAAGGAUGCUUCUGAAAGAGCACCAAGCAUUGUGUUCAUAGAUGAGAUUGAUGCAUUGUGUCCCAAACGUGAGUCGGGAACAUCCAAUCAAGAGGCAAGAGCAGUGGCCACUCUGGUGUCCCUCAUCGAUUCACUGCCGCUUGUUGAGGACAAGUGGGUUUUAGUGCUGGGUGCCACUAACAGACCCAACUUUGUUGACCCAUCCCUGCGCCAGCCAGGUCGUCUUGACAGAGAAAUCGAAAUCGGCGUUCCCACUGCACAUGGACGGCAGCAGAUUCUUCAGAAAAUAUUGAGUAAUGUCAACCACUCGCUCAGCAAUGAAGACAUCACAGAAAUAGCAGAUGUUGCCCAUGGUCUCACAGGAGCAGAUUUAGCAGCUGUCUGUGCUGAUGCUGCCCUGCGUGCUCUUGAAAGAAACAUUGCUAGCAAGAACAUCAGUGAUGCUGCUUUGUCCCAAGUUGUGCAGUUGACAAAAGCAGAUGUGGCUACUGCACUGCGUCAUACCAAGCCAAGUGCAAUGCGUGAGGUUGCUUUGGAGAUUCCUAAGGUGCGCUGGAGCGAUAUCGGAGGAAUGAAGGAGGUUAAGCUAAAACUGCAGCAGGUCGUGGAAUGGCCGUGGAAACACAGGGACGCCUUCAUCCGUCUUGGGGUGACACCUCCAUGUGGAGUGCUACUGUAUGGUCCACCUGGCUGUUCAAAGACCAUGAUAGCCAAGGCACUGGCCACAGAGAGUGGCCUCAACUUCAUUGGAAUCAAGGGACCAGAGCUGUUCAGCAAGUGGGUUGGUGACUCUGAGCGGGCUGUUCGAGAUCUCUUCCGCAAGGCCAGAGCAGCAUCACCUUGCAUCAUAUUCUUCGAUGAGAUUGAUGCCUUGGCUGUGCACAGAGGAAGCACAAGUGGCAGUAGCAAUGUUGGGGACCGUGUCAUUGCCCAGCUGCUGACAGAAAUGGAUGGCAUAGAGAAACUGCAAGAUGUCAUCUUAGUAGCAGCUACAAACCGUCCAGACAUGAUUGACCAGGCCCUAAUGCGACCUGGAAGGUUGGACAGCAUUGUGUAUGUGCCUCUGCCCGACAUCGACACACGAAAGGAAAUUCUGCACCUGAACCUUUCCAAGAAGCCUUUGGGAGAUGAUGUUGAUCUUGAAGACCUGGCACGUAAAACUAAUGGCUACUCUGGAGCAGAGGUUGUGGCUGUCUGCCAAGAAGCAGCGCUGCGUGCCUUGGAGGAAGACAUAAAUGCCACGUGCAUCAAGGGUUGGCACCUGGAGGCGGCGCUGAAGCUGGUCCAGCCGCGCAUCUCGCCAGAGUCCGUUCAGUUCUACGAGUCCUACUGGGCAUCUUCUCAGAGCAGGCACACCUCAAAAGAGUCAUGAGUGCCGCGCUCAUCUCUUCACCUCGGAAGGAAAACCACUGGAAAGUUUCUCUAGCAGGUCUGGUUCACGGGCACAACUCUCGGUCAGCACUUCCGGUCCGUUGCUGGUCAUGAGUACGUCAUCCUCUAUGCGCAUGCCCACUCCACGAAAUUUUUCGGCAACUUUAGUGUUGCUGUCGGGUAUGUAGAUACCUGAAAAACAAACACAGAGCGUAAAGAAUGUUUGUAGAUCUGUGCAACAUUUAGCAACUAUUCCAACAACACAAAAGUUCACAGGAAGAUGAAGGAUUGAAGUGAUUAAGAGCAGUUGAACAAGAGAUGUCUACGAGCCAACAUUUCAAGGGGACUUGUCCUCAUUAGGGUAAACUUUGUCGACACAUUGGCUCCAGCAACAUUCCUCGUUCUACCAGUUUAUUGCAUUAGCUGCUAUAUGUCAUGCACAGCGAACAGCUGUCAAUGUUGCUCAACUUUCCACUUAAUUGCUGGUUUGCUGACACAGUGUAGCAAUGGCUCCACCACACUUUCUUGCCUCAUUAAGAAGCUGAAGUACUUUCCAUAAAAAAUGUAUGGGAGAAGAAGUUUUGAAGCAGAGACAGAAAGUAAACGCGGUCAGCAUUCAGCAAAGACAGCUGUACACUGAAAAACAUGAAAUGUCCUCAGUGGUUGUCACUUAAAACAAAAUACUAAGAAUGCACCACACUUGUAAAUAUAUGCUUCUGUGUUGACUUUUUACCAUCAACAUGUUAAAAAUUUUGGCAAGGGUUUCUAACUAUACUUCAUAACAUUAAAGGCCAGUGUUCACUCCA